CCUCCUAGUGCAGUGUCAUUUCAAAGAGUGUCAACCCACCUCUGGAAUUUCAGAGAGAAGAAGAGGAGGCAUAAUAUGGGACAUAGAGUAAAGCUGCAGCGGUACUGAAGGGAGUGAGUGAUUUUUAGAUUUUUUUCCCCUGCAGGGAUUUUGUGCUCUGGAAACACAUGAAAUCUGGUGUGCCUUGUGUAAAGUCUCUCCACUAAGACCUGUUCCUGUCUAAGCACUUGAAUGAGCGUAAAGCCCCAGGAGGAAUAGCCGGGACUCAAAGCAACCAAAGUCAACUCCAGUGGGAAACAAAGCUCGCCGGCUGCUCACAGACAUGCAGCCCUUCACCUUGGUCGGUGCUCUUCUCUUCCUGCUCCACAUCUCCUUCAGCAGCACAGAAACACAUCGGCUAAAAAUACACACAUGCAAUCUAAUCUAUACAUCCUGUGGGUUAUUUUGAAUGCAAUACCAACAUGCUGACCAACAUGCUGGAGUCUCAUCUGACUCCAGCAACAGGAGUCAGGAGAAGAUCAAGGCACUACCGACAAGUCCCUACUGGAAACCAAGCAGGUGUGUGUCGCUAUGGCAGGAGGCUGGAGUGCUGCUACGGCUGGAAGAAAAACAGUAAAGGACAGUGUGAGGCUCAAUGUGACCACGGCUGCAAGCAUGGAGAGUGUGUUGGCCCCAACAAAUGCAAGUGUUUCCCUGGAUACACCGGAAAGACGUGUAACCAAGAUUUGAAUGAGUGUGGCCUGAAACCCCGUCCCUGUGAGCAUCGCUGCAUGAACAGCCAUGGCAGUUACAAGUGCUACUGUCUCAAUGGUUACACAUUAAUGCCUGAUGGAUCUUGUGCAAAUUCCAGGACCUGCUCUCUCGCUCACUGUCAGUACGGCUGUGAGAACUUUGAGGGGGAGAUCCGCUGCCUCUGCCCAUCUGCAGGUCUGCAACUGGGGCAGGAUGAGAGGACUUGUGUCGAUAUUGAUGAAUGUGUAACAGGAAAGAACCUCUGCCCGUACAACAAACAAUGUGUGAACACCUUCGGCAGCUACUUCUGCAAGUGCCAGGACGGCUACGAUCUGAAAUAUGUCGACGGCAAAUAUGACUGUGUAGACCUUGAUGAGUGUGCAAGUGGCACCCACAAGUGCAGCCACCUUGCAGUCUGUCUGAACACUCCUGGAUCCUACAAGUGCAGGUGCAAGUUUGGCUUCAGAGGCAAUGGCUUUGAAUGCUCUGUAGUUAAGCCGUUUUAUCAGAGGUCGUGGGAUGGAGACAAGGGAAGUGCAGAUGAUUUCCUCAAUGCCAUUCCAGACUCCCAAGUGAGGCCAAAGCAGGAGACUGAAGAUAUCAGAAACGUAAUCCCCGAACCAGUCGUCACACCGCCUCCUAAAAUCCGUCAGCAGCCAUUCGACUACGAAGGAGAGGUCUAUAUCGGACCUCAGACUGAAGGGAGAAAGGAGGAAGAAUUUCCUGAGGAAGAAGAGGAGGAGGAGGAAGUGGAAGACAACCAGCUCAAUCCUAGAGGAGAUGUUUUCAUUUCAGAGGAUUUUGAAUCAGUGUUUGGCCCGGCCACAGAAGUGAAAGAAAUCGAACUAGCCCCAGUUCAGGAAGAGUUUAUCAUGGAUUGCAACUUUGACCAGGGAGCAUGUGAGUGGGUCCAAGACAAGGAUGACGACAUGGACUGGAGUGUAGCCUACCAUAAUGAGGGUGCUGGUGCUGAGUACUACAUGACCAUGAGUGGGCUCAUAGGGGAGCAGGAUGAUGUAGCCAAGCUGAAGUUGCUCCUCAGUGACCGGACCCAGCAGGGCAGCUUCUGCCUCACCUUUGACUAUCGGGUGGCGGGCCAUAAUGUGGGAACUCUCAGGGUCCUCCUGGAUAACAUUGCUUACCCAGUGUGGGAGCAGAGCCAAAGCAGAGACCAGGGCUGGCAGACAGAGCUCCUCACUGUGACCUGGAAAGAGGUGGCCCCAGAGUCUAUUGUCUUUGAAGCUCAGCGUGGCAAAGGUGUUGGAGGAGAGAUUGGCCUGGACAAUGUUGUUUUGACCUCAGGGCCCUGUCAAGAGGAUGUCAGCCCCUUCUUUUAAGAAUCUCCACACAGGAUUUAGGAUAAGAAAAUCUGCUCAUAGCGACACAUGUC